GUCUCAGUUUGUUAUUUGCACGCUCUAAAAAAUUGGGUUAAUAGUUUUAUUGAAAAUGUUUUGAUAUUAAACUCGAUGGUUUUAUAAAACUAUUUUUUAAUUUUUAUAUCGCUACUACGAAUAAAAUAAAUUUUAUAAGUGAAUUUUAGUUAUAUCAAUUAAGCUAUUAAGGAAAUUUAUGGAUACCUCCGUAAAUUUCGUAGAACACGCAGGGAUGUCCAAGGUUUUUAACAAUGCUAGCAAACGUAAGAGGCGGUUUUCGGAAACAAAUGAACAAAUAUCGACGAACUCUACUGAAUCUACGAUUGUGGACAAUGUUGUUAACAGUCCUCCAGCUGCUAAAUAUCGUGAAGUCGAAACUGACUACAGGUUUACUUUAGAUCACUUUUGCGAUGAGAUUUUAUAUGAAAUCUUUAAAUAUCUUGGAAGUCAAGAUCUACUAACCUUAAAGAGAACUUGCAGACGAUUCAAUGAAUUAGUUUACGAUAAGCGAUUUUGGCAAAAUAUCUCAUUGCUGGAGAGCAGGGAUUCAUACGAUCAAUUGUUAGAAUCUUUGCAAUUUACUCAUGCUAUCACAAAAUGUCUAAAAUUACGAGGACCUUCACAAAAAUCGCUUAACUACAAAAGCUCGGGAGAAAUAUUUAAUAAAACUCUAAGUAAAUCGUUGACAAGCAAUUGUACGCAAUUGGAAAUUCUGGAGAUGUACUCAAUAUGUUUGGAUUUGACAUUGUUGCAUUUUAAACACAUCCCACAAACCCUUCAACGCUUAGUUAUUAAUGAUUGCGACGUUUUGAACCUAUCCUAUCAGCGUUCAUCUUGGUUGACGGGAAUUCAUACGCAUUUGGUGAACCUGCAGGAACUUCGUAUUGAAUAUAGCACUUGGUUUGAACCUCACGAUAUCAUGCCAAUUUCCAAAUUGCCCGGCUUGCAUACACUAAGUCUGCGAGGUUGUGUUAAUUUCUUUGAUAUUGUCGUUUACGCCAGCAUAGCAACUAUUCAUGGUUUCCCAUUGUUACAGCGCCUAGAUUUGCGACAAAUACCGUUAACCGAUACGGACUUGCAAUGCUUUAAUGUUAUAGAAACAUUAAGAGAAGUUAUGCUGGAAUGCCCUCCUUACAUAAAUACAGCUAAAGGCUUUAAUGUAAGUUUGUCUGCCUCAAAAGGAUAUGGCUUAGGUGAAUGUGCAGAAGCAACUACUGGCGAAUAUAAUUCUUCAGGGACUUCGUCAUCUCAAGCGGCACAAUCAUCCUCAUCUACAAAUGAUUUUUGGGCUUCUUUAAACAAAAAAUCUCCGCAACGUCGACAACAAGCGAAUCCCGAUCACAUUAUUUAUAUAGAUUUACGUAAUCCACAAGGCGCAUUGAUUAGCGUAAACAAUGUUUCCGGAGUUAAUCCACGGGCAGUUUCGAUGGGACAAGCGCAGGGACAGGAAGAAGGAGGUAUUAGCGAAGUUAAUCGAGUAAUACGUCACGAUUUAUUUUGGGACCUUAUAAAUCCUUUAAGACGUGGCGCCAGUAAUUUUACUAAUGCGGACAAUGUUACUGCUAGUAAUGUAGUUGAAAGGCAAGACGAGUUUCCAACCUCUUCGGGAUCUGUUAAACAACUCACCUAUCCACGUAAUUUUAUUAGUGAUCAGGGAUUGUGCUCCUUCGGACGUUCUGUCAAUCCUACAAACCAUGGUAGAAUUUGGAUAGGUAUACGUAAUCGACCGAACGAUACGCUUAUCGAACGUUUUACUAUACGUAAUUAUAAAAAUAUAACAGAUGUAUUUUUAAGACAUAUAGUGCAAUGCUCACCUAAUUUACUAUAUUUAGAUAUAAGUGGUACCGGUAUUACGCUUGAAGGUGUGAAAAAAUUUAAAGAAUCAAAACCUGAAUGUAAAAUAGUUGCUGAACAUUUGUUGGGUCUAAACGAUCUCUAAAUGAGAAGAUUUAUCGAAAUCAGAUAGCAGAAUCCAUAAAUGGUACUCAUUGUGGGUAGAGAACAUUUUAGUUAUCUUAGAACAGGCAAAUACGAUUAGCAAAGAUGUUUGUCGUAAUUAAAUGGUUUUAAAUAUUUACAUUUCGUUGUAGAUAGGUUUUUAAGUGAAGAAGUUUAACAUUUUUAGAAGUGUUCAUAUUUAGUUGCAUGGCUCCUUGCACCACAUUUUGUUAAGCAUGCUUUUAUUCUAAAUAUAUCAGGAUCGCCAAGUCAACGGAGAGCGUGUAUGCAGUUUUAAUACUUCCUAUGGGGUCCCUGUCUUAUCUUCAGUAAAAUUUUCAAAUAAAGCUAAUUGACCUUCUUAUGUAAAACGUUUCAUUUUUUUUCUUUUUUUUUUGCUUUCAAAUUCAUUAUAAAACAACUAAGAGCACUAUGGUCGGGGAAAGAUCCGGUAUUUGAUACCCUACACCACUUUGCUUGAUAUAGCCGUUAUCUCAUUUUCAUGAUAAUACACCAAAAUUGUACAUUGCCUUUAUGAAACGGGAUACUUUUCACACUGGAGGAUAGUCAAUGCAUCAGCUACCGUAGCAAAUUUAAUUUAUUUGUCAAAGAUUUUCGCUAAAAUUUUGACUUUGUCGCCAUAGAAGGGUUUGC